AAAUGGGGUUCAGCUGCUUUGACAAUUCGAACCUGCUUACACGUGCACCCCCUGCCCUAGACCUCCCACAAUGUCUCCGUAGAUGGCUCGACAUGACAAAGCCCUUCGCCAUGCACAAGUUCUAUACUUGACGCUGUGCACCACAUACGCAUGUCUCUCGUACAUCCCCUCCUGACCCCCCAGCGCCUCACGCCCAUCAUGAUGUCGAACCCCCUCAGCUCUUCGUCUGACUAGAAUUCGAAGCUUGAGCCUAAGCCUGAACUCCCUUUGAGCGCCUGCUGACUUCGACCCCUGGGCAUUUUCUUCCUACAAUAGCCUGAACAAUAAUAUCAACGCCCACGUACGUAUGUGACCCAAAAGCCCACGCCGCAUCGACGAUUCUCAAUCGGAACCUUCGUGAGUAGAGUUUGCGGAUGCAUAUGGGACGUUUCACGGGCCAUCCGCACCUUCGCUAGGGGGCCCAAGACCACCAGCACACAUGGCUCUCUCUUACUCCUUGACAACACCUAUCAAACCAGGCGUUUCGUCGCCUUCUCCUAGGCGUAGCUUCUACAAGAAACCCCCACUGACAGCCAGCUUCCUCAGUUCGGCCUACCUCCACCACGGGCCAGCGCCACCACUAAAGCUCAAAACGGUC